CUGAGUUUCUGGUUGCUAUGGAGACAGCUUCUUGUUUCUGGUUGCUACGGAGACAGCUCCAAACAUAAAGUUAUCUCCCUGCGGUCCCUUUGAUCAGUCCGGGUGGAUGCUCACGCCUCGCUGCAGAUGCAGGUCCAGCUGGUCCCGCUCGGUUCGGUCCAGAUCGGCCCGGCCUCCUGGCGCGACGCCACGCUGCGGUCCGUCCAGCGCGCGCAGCGCCUGGUCCGGCUCGUGUCCCGCUGCGCCGGUUCGACCCAGAAGGUCCCGUCUGACAGCUCAGCAGAACCCCGCGGAGAUGAGGUCCAGCAGGAGGAGCGUGGACAGAACCGUGUCCCCGUCUGCAGGGACAGGAGGUCCAGAGCCCAGACUGCAGGAGGGACGAGGAGGCCGGUGGCUCCGUUCCCACCAUCCGGCCUGCGGGAGCGGUGCGCUGCAGACAGCGUCGCCGUGGCCGGGGAGUACAUGCGGAGGGUCCGGGAGGUGGAGGGCCGGCUCCGCAGGCAGGCCGGGACCGUGGCCGAGGAGGCCGUCAAGCUGCAGAGGGAGCGGGUUCACCUGGAGAAGACGCUGCGCAGCAUCAGGACCAACCUGAGCAUCAACGGCAGGAGCUCAGAGAGCCGCAGCAGGAGGCCAGCCACCGCUAAGACGGGGAGAGACGGCGCUGAUCAGCUGUUACGGCUGGAGAGGAGAGAGCUGAUGGAGCUGAAACGAGAUCUGGAAGCAGUGCUGGAGAACGCAGUGAGGCAGCAGCAGGUUCUGGGGGAAAGCAGCAGGAAGCUGCUACUCUGUGCCAGGGAACGAGCUCGAGUUCUGGAUCUGGUUCCUCCCAGCUGCCCUGCAGGACCAAAUGUCUCCACGGUCUCCAUCCAACCAGAACCUUUCAGCCAUUUCACUCCAGAAUGCAAGCAGGUGUUAGAGUCUUCUUCUCUGGCCGUCCAUCAGUCACAGCUGCUGAGGGAGAAACUGAGACGCUCGCUGAGCGGCGCCAUCACCAGGCAGAACGCCGCCCAUCGCAGCGUGAACGACGGUUUGGUGAAGAAGAUCGCAGAAACAAUCAGCCUGCAGCAAAGCCUGACGGUGACGUCUGCCGUUACCAGACACGCCGUGUUUCGCAAGCAGAGAGAAGUAAAGCUCAUUCGCCACAGCCACGACAAAGCUCAGGGCCCUGAAAGCAGCGCUGACGUCCCGCCCCGGGAGAAGCUGGACAGGCCCCUGGUGCAGGUCUACCGGAGACACCCGGGGACUCAGCUGCCUGAAGCCGCUCGCCUCUGUCAGGGCAGCGCGGCGUUGAGGAGAUGUCUGCAGGCCUCUGAGGCGGAGCUGCUGAGGCUGCAGCGCUCAGGGCUGCAGCUGCUGGAGGACCUGAGGGGAAAGUCUGCAGCAGCUCAGGUGGACGCCUCAGUGGUCCGGAUGAGGAGGCAGCAGGUCGAUAAGCGAGCCACGCCCGCUUUUCUGCAGCAGGGAGCGUGUUGAAGCUGCCUGUACCUGCAAGCAGCUGGAGAUCAGCAGGAUUACAUUAGCUGGAUUUUUGGGAAGAAACAGGAAGCUAAAGGAGCUGACGCCUGAAGCAACAUGUUAUUAUUUUAAUUUUACUUUCUAAUUAUUCUUCCAUUUUCCUCUCACAAACCUGCACAAUGAAUACAAAUCUCAUACAAACCCAAUCAGAAAGUGUUCUGGGACUUUUGGUAGCCAUGCAUGGUGCCGUUUUAACAACAUUUAUAUAAUACUUCAAAACUUUCCUCAUAAACUAUGACGGGAUUUUGUCUUAAUGAGUAAGAAAGGUCAGUCGUAAGCUUAAAGCUUCAUAACUCAGCCACCCCUUUCAUCAAACCACCAUUCAACGCUUUAAUGGGUCACAGAGAGUCAGACAUUUUUUUGUUUUUCCACAAUCCCAGUUUAAGUUUGAGGAUUUUUCUCUGGUUUUCCCCCAGAGUGUGAAGAUGGUUCUGACCCAGGGGAAAUACCAAUGAAAUACAGAUAUUUCUCCCUCCUUCCAGCCAGUGGCUGCAUCCAAAAUGGUCUAAUUAUAGCUCCUAGCUCCUGUUGCUUGGCCUUUCAUUGGCUCAACAGUCAGAAAUCAUUGGUAGGACUCGAGCUCCGGACUGCUGUGACGAUUCUGGACAGCCUUUAACUCUGAUGCCAUUACGCGACGGAAACGCACAUGGAUGAUGGGAGUCUGACCCGGACCUACGGCCUUUCAAAAAAAAAAUCAAAAAAGAACUACAAAAACGCAAGUUAGACAAAUCUAUAUGCAAAAUAAAACAUUGCUGACAACAAUUUCAUGACCAGGAACAGUGACUGUGGCUAGAAAUGCAGCACUGUAGAACCGAACGCUGGAUUACUGUGUGCUGGGUUGCUUGUUGCGCUUCUUUUGGGUUUUGGGAUCUGGAAAACAUUGUAAG